GACUCUUGCUUUUUGUGGAUAGCCAGCUAGCCAGCCUUCUUUCUCCCAACUCAGCCAAAAAGCUUAUUCCUUUACAAAAACCCAUUCAUCUAAAUCAAAAACGAACCUUAAGUUUGCAGGAGAUAACGUAUACAUGCACACCCGAGGUUUCUCAUUAACCAUCUAUUAACUUUCUUUUUUCUUUUCGGCCUGCACUUGGAGCUCAAUUGGGUUUGAAAUGGGAGCCAUGAAACUCAAUGGUAUAGUGACAUUUUCAAUUGCGUUGUUAUUGAUGGUAAGCUUGGAGGGAUCAGCAUCUGGAAAUUCUAACAGUUAUGUUCGAGAUGCUUGCAGUGUUACGCAGUAUCAGGCGCUAUGCAUAAAGUCAUUAGCAUCAUUUUCUAGAGUUGCAAAGAACAGCCCGAGCAAGUGGGCACGUGCAGGCGUGUCAGUGACAAUAACCGAAUCCAAGAGUGUGGCUCGCUACCUGUACAGGCUCAGCAAGAGCAAGCACAUAAGAGGGAGAAACCGUGUUGCAGUCUUCGAUUGCAUAGAGUGCUUUGGAGAUGCAAUCGACCUGCUGCAUAGGUCGCUUGGGAUACUGAGGAAGCUAAGCGCAAGGAAUUUUGACGCGCAGAUGAGCGAUCUAACAACAUGGUUGAGUGCAGCUCUAACUGAUACAGACACUUGCUUGGAUGGUUUUGAGGGCCAAACGAAGAGCAGAUACUUGAAACUACUCCGAAUCAAGACUCUGAAUGCGACUUACAUUACCAGUAACGCUCUGGCUCUUGUUAACAAACUCGCAACCACUGGUUUGUGAUGAUCUCCCCUGAGCCAAAUUUAUCGUCUUACAUAUACAUAAGAUAUAAUCUCGUUUUCUCGUGAGCUUAACCUAAUUGGUCGAGCCUUCGAGUUUAUAUGUCAGCAAAAAUAUAAUAAUAUAUCUAUCUGGAUAUGUAUUAGUUUCAUGCGUGUCGUAAAUAGGACGAUAAUAAGUUAGUAAAAAGUCCUAAUACAGACAGAAUAAGUAGUUUGCUGUGAAUUAUAUAUUAUAUACACGAUUGCAUUAGAAUGUCAUGCAAUAUAUCUACUUAUAAUAUUUGCUUUUCAUAAUUUUACAACUUG